UUUAAUUCCUCUUCUUCUUCUUCUCUCUCUAGUCUCAACCCCAUUCGACUCUUCUCUCUCCUCUCUUCCUCCCACCUCUCACUUUCUCUCUCUAGGGUUCGCUCGCGACGAUGCUUAAGCGCAUCCCCAAGAAGAAGGCCCCCGCCCCUGCCACCGCCUCCUCCGCGGUCGCCACCUUGGAUCAUCUCCGCGAGACGCUAGAAAUGUUGGAGAAGAAAGAGCGUGAUCUUCAGAGAAAGAUGUCUGUGGAAGUCGAAAAGGCUAAAGGCUUCCUACAGGCGAGAAAUAAAAGAGCUUCAAUUGAAUGCUUGAAGAGAAAGAAGACAUACGAAUUCCAGAUAGAACAACUUGCGAAUCUCCAAUUGCGCGUUCACGACCAGUUUAUUACACUUGAAGGUGCAAAGGCGACUACAGACACUAUAGAUGCCCUAAGAUCCAGCUCAUCUGCCGUUAAGUCUAUCCAGCAGUCUUUGAAUGCUGAUGAUAUAGAAAGGGCACUGGAAGAGGCAAAUGAGAGUAGCGAAAGUAUGAAGCAGAUACAGGAGGCCCUAGCAACUCCAGUGGGCUCUGCAUCAAACUUUGAUGAGGAUGAACUCGAAGCUGAGCUCGAAGAACUCGAAGAACUUGAAGAGUCGGAAGAAGAGUUGCUCCAAUCUCCUUCAACCACAGUAAAUACAGAACCACUGCCCGCGACAACACAGUCCCCCCCAAAAGCAUCUUCACAGCAAGCCAGUGAUGUAGAUGAACUCGCCAAUCUUAAAGCACAGAUGGCACUAUAGCUUAUCGCACGUGCUCGUCUUGUACUCCACCGCAUAGCUGCAGUUUUUUUUUAUCCUAAAUACAUGUAGUAUAGACUUUGUAUUGUAAUAUCUUGUAGAUAUUCUGAAGUGAUAAGAAGAAACUUUUAAGUGCUUGCAAAUA